GUUAUGACUGCUGAUUUUCUUUCUAUCUAAAAAGAUUCUUUCUCUUCUACUAUAUAAAUACUUUCAUUCUACUCCUUCUACUCUCAUCUUCAUCACACUCUCCGAUCCUCUAAUUUCAUUUCAUUACUUUCAAUUUUCUCACAUUUUCUUAGAGCAGAGAGCAAGAUGGCGAUGCUGGCGAAACGUGUUGCUUCCUCUGCGGCUCGCUCACUCCUCACUUCUUCCAAUUCCACCUUCACCAGAAACAUUCAUGCUUCUGGUGGAAAAAAGAAGAUUGUGGGAGUUUUCUACAAAGGAAACGAGUAUGCUUCCAUGAAUCCCAAUUUCGUUGGUUGUGUUGAAGGAGCAUUGGGGAUUCGCGAGUGGCUUGAAUCACAGGGUCAUGAGUACAUUGUCACUGAUGACAAAGAAGGACCAGAUUCUGUACUUGAGAAACACAUUCCUGAUCUCCAUGUCCUCAUAUCUACACCAUUUCACCCUGCAUAUGUCACUGCGGAAAGAAUUAAGAAAGCUAAGAAUUUAGAGCUGCUGUUGACUGCUGGAAUUGGUUCCGAUCACAUUGAUCUUAAUGCUGCGGCCGCUGCCGGCUUAACUGUGGCCGAGGUCACAGGAAGUAAUGUGGUGUCGGUUGCAGAGGAUGAGCUCUUGCGGAUCCUCAUCCUAUUGAGGAAUUUCUUGCCUGGCUACCAGCAAGCUGUUACUGGUGACUGGAAUGUUGCCGGCAUUGCUUAUAGAGCUUACGAUCUUGAAGGAAAGACUAUAGGAACUGUCGGUGCUGGACGAAUUGGCAAGCUCUUACUACAAAGGUUGAAACCCUUUAACUGUAAUCUUCUGUAUCACGAUCGGCUCAAGAUGGAUCCUGAGUUGGAGAACCAAAUUGGAGCAAAGUUUGAGGAGGACCUUGAUGCAAUGCUUCCAAAGUGUGAUGUAAUUGUUAUCAACAUGCCUCUCACUGAUAAGACAAGGGGAUUGUUCGACAAAGAUCGGAUUGAUAAGUGUAAGAAGGGUGUUCUUAUUGUCAACAAUGCUCGAGGGGCAAUCAUGGACACACAAGCAGUUGCUGAUGCUUGCUCCAGUGGGCACAUUGCAGGCUACAGUGGUGAUGUGUGGUUCCCACAACCAGCUCCAAAGGAUCAUCCAUGGCGCUACAUGCCAAACCAUGCCAUGACUCCUCACAUUUCUGGUACCACCAUAGAUGCACAGUUGCGUUAUGCUGCUGGCGUGAAAGACAUGCUUGAUAGGCACUUCAGGGGUGAAGACUUCCCAGAACAAAACUACAUUGUGAAGGAAGGUCAACUAGCACCCCAAUACCGGUGAAGCUAAAGCAGACAUGUUAAGGCAUUGGACUCUUCAAUUGUGGUGACCCUUCAGAAAAGGAAUCAGAAAUGUAUGAACUGCAAUAAUUGUUCUGCUUUUUAUUUUGAGUGUUUUCAGCUUUAAACUUUGAACUCCUUUUGUUUUGUAAGAAAUAAAACUGAUGAACGCCUGAGGCUACUAGUAUGCUCAUUUUUCAUUUUAUGAAUUUGGGUGUACUUUUCCCAUGACGUGAGUAAAAUGUAAUAAAUUUGGUAUAACAAGAUAUGGAAAAUUGACGAAUAAAAGUGAACUAUGGCAUUUGGUUUCAAAA